AUGGGAAAAUUAACAACCUUGAGUGGCUUGUUAAAAGACGAAGCCUCGCAAAUGAAACUCAAUGUGGUUCAUUUGUGUAGCUCCGAGAACGCAAAAACCAUUGACUUAGCUCUUUUGAAAGCCACGACUCAUACCUCAUACGAACCACCUUCCGACAAAUACGUCAAUCUCCUCCAAUCGACUGUCGACACGCAUUACGGUCCUGAAACCAUCGCUGCGGUGGUGCAAAGGCUGCGUUUGACAACGGACGUGUGCGUGGCUGCUAAAUGUCUCAUUCUUCUCCAUAAGAUGUCUACAUCAGAAAGUGGACAUAAAGGAGAAGGUAGUGUUCAUGCGACUAAUCGUAAUUUGAUCUAUAACCAAGGUGGCAGACAUUUAAAAUUGAAUAAUCUUAAUGGGGAUUCAUCUCGUUUCAAUAGAGAAUUGUAUCCAUGGGUUCAAUGGUACAAACAAUAUCUAGAUUGUUACUUACACAUUGGGGAGGUUUCAGGUGUUACCCCAAACAUAAAAGAAAGUUCAGAAGAUAAGCGUUUGGAGACUCAACGAGUCUCGUCUUAUACAACAGAUUGCAUUUUCAAACAAAUCGGUUUGUUAGUGGAUCUGUUCGAAAAUAUUGGUGCCCGGCCAGAAACUACAAUGUCGAAAUCGAACAAAAUAGUUAUUAAGAUGAUAGAAUUAAUGGUAAAAGACUGCUUCUCGGCCAUGAUAUUGAUCAAGAUAAGGUUUGAAGAAUUGAACGCGAGAAAAGCUAAACGGGAGGAGAUGGUUCUGGCUUUGGUGAGUCUUGAAAAGUGUAAGGAGGCUUUGAGCGACUUUUCUUGGCAACGCAAGUAUUUUGUUGAAGAUUUUUGGUGUUUGGUUUUGAAGUUAAAACAAGGGUGA